UUUCUUUUUUAUUUAUCAUAGUUUAGUUAAAAAAUAAACUAUCAGACGAUAAAUAUUCGAGAACGGAGAGCCCUGAUCUGGUUGGUACUCACAUCAGAGUCCCAAUCUCCACAAACCCUUUUUUCUUCUUCUUUUGGGGUAGUUUGUCGACUCUGUUCCCUUGUAAUCACUCUUAUUCGCUGCUGUCAUUAGCAGCGAAAUGAAAGCCGCGUACAAGGAGGUUAUGAGCUAAUGUUCUUCUUCCCUGGUUAGUACUAGCUAGUAGUCAUCGUGGUCGUCCCUCUCUCUCUCCCCUUCCCUCCACUACUAUAUAUACCAAACAAAUUCGUUCGGAGGGGAGACCGGCAGGCCAUGGCUCGACGCCGCCCUUGAGUCCUGCCCCCAAGAUGACGAUGAUCCCCCUCGCCGGCUUCACCGCCCUAUCUGCCGCCGGCCUCCUGCUCAUCUUCUCCUCCUUCCUGCUGCAAACUCAAGUUAUAAAUUCCAACACGAGGCCCGCCUGACGAGCUAAGAAACUGAUGAUUAACGAGCAAGCAGGAGGAGCCAGAAGCAGCGAGGAGGAGCGGUACGUGCCGGUGCGCAGGGUGGUGUACCGGUCCAUGACACCGGCGGCGGCGAGUGCGGCGACGACGGCAGAGGCAGCGGCAGCGGCGGCAUCGUACGAGCCGUUCGAGGUGUGCGAGGGGUGCCGGUGCUGCGCGCCGUCGUCGUCGUCGUCCAACGGCAGCAGCAGCUGCGUGGACACGAGCUGCUGCUACGCCAUCGACUGCGACCUCCCCGGCAAGCCCUUCGGCACCUGCGCCUUCACCCCGCAAACCUGCGGCUGCGGCAGCAACUGCACCCAGCCCUCGUCCUGAUGAUGACUCAUCUUUCCUGCAACUUGGCUACUUCUUCUGGAUCAUCCAUCGUCUUACGUUACGUUACGACCUGAUGACAGAGGAUGACAUGAUUAGCUAGCACGCAGAUUAGAUGACUCACGUGUACUCGAUCAUGAUGGAUAGAUUAUCCAGUUAAUUCCCAGAUAGAGAGUUCUGCAUGAAGAUAAUAAUACAAUGAAUAAUAAUGUGUGUUCGUUUCAGAGGUUGC